ACGCUUUAUCACCGUCAGUCGUCUGUGAUCGCGACCACUGAACGCUUUCAUUACCUUAUCCCGUUCACACCGGACGGGCGGACGGACGAAUCGCUGGCGAACGUUUGACGCGAGAGAAAUUCUUCGCACUCUGACGUCAGAGGUGUUUGCCGUUUGUCCGACUCUCACUUUCAACUUCACAAGUCACAGUCCCCAGACUACUCGUCAGCCACUAGGUCCGGAUAUCCGCCAACAGUUAACAACAGCAACUGGACGUUUUCGUGUAAAAGUCCAGAGCCAUGGCUUGUCCAUUCAUGUCAAAAUUACCUACUACUUAUGUCAAGAACUAUGUUUCGGGCUUGCUUAAAACAUAUGGUCACUCAUGUCCAGUUAUGUCUAGAUUCAUAAAUGUUGGACCAUCUGCAGGUGUUAUAAAUGAACAAACUGAUAUAAAGAAAAAGUGCCCAUUCCUAGAGGACGAAAGUACUGCAAAAGCAGUUAAAGAAGUCAGCAAAGAAAUUCAAGAAGAUGUCAUUGAACCCAAAACUAAUACAGGAAAUAUCUACAACUAUGAAAAGUUUUUCCAUGAACAAAUCAUGCGCAAAAAGGCAGACCAUUCUUAUAGGAUUUUCAGAAAAGUGAAUAGGUUAGCUAUGGAUUUUCCAUAUGCAGUCGAAUAUACAGGAAAUGAAAAGCCCGUAACAGUAUGGUGUUCAAAUGAUUAUCUUGGUAUGUCUUGUCAUCCAGAAGUGAAGGGUGCAGUUCAACAAACUUUAGAUAAAUAUGGGUCAGGUGCUGGAGGAACACGUAAUAUUUCAGGUAAUUCAAUGUUUCAUGAGAAUUUGGAAAAAGAUUUAGCUGUACUUCAUGAAAAAGAAGCGGCUUUAUUGUUUACGUCAUGUUUUGUUGCAAAUGACUCUACAUUAUUCACAUUGGGUAAAAUGAUACCAGGCCUACAUAUAUUUUCGGAUUCUGGUAAUCAUGCCUCAAUGAUACAAGGUAUUCGUAAUUGUGGAGCUCCCAAACAUAUAUUUCGUCACAAUGACCCAAAACAUUUAGAAGAACUAUUAAUGUCUGUUGAUAAGUCUGUACCUAAGAUAGUUGCAUUUGAAACAGUUCACUCUAUGACCGGUGCGAUAUGUCCACUUGAAGAGCUCUGCGAGAUAUCUCAUAAGUAUGGAGCUCUGACUUUUGUAGACGAAGUUCAUGCUGUAGGUUUGUAUGGAGAACAUGGUGCGGGUGUUGGUGAACUACGUGGCCUAAUGGAUCAAAUGGAUAUUAUAUCUGGCACAUUGGGUAAAGCUUAUGGCAAUGUGGGAGGGUAUGUUGCAGCUUCAAGCAAUUUAAUUGAUAUGAUUCGUAGUUAUGCUGCUGGUUUUAUUUUCACCACAUCAUUACCACCCAUGGUUUUAGCCGGUGCUCGGGCAGCUGUCGGUGUGUUAUCUUCAGCAGAAGGAAGAUCACUCAGAAAAAAACAUCAGGAAAAUGUUGAAUACCUCCGUCAAAAAUUGUAUGCUGCUGGGUUACCCGUUGAGUCAACACCAUCUCACAUCAUACCCAUUAAGAUUGGAAAUCCAAAUUUAUGUUCAAAAAUAUCUGACCUACUACUUCAAGAAAAAGGACAUUAUGUACAAGCUAUCAACUAUCCCACUGUACCAAUUGGUCAAGAAAAAUUAAGAUUAGCACCUACACCACACCACACUCCAGAAAUGGUCGAUACUCUUAUUGAAGACAUGCUUGAUGUCUGGGUAAAACUCGGCAUUCCUCUCAAUGCGACUCGUUGCAGCAUGUGCAAGAAAAAACCUCUGUGUGCCCGAAUUAGCAACCAUAUUCAAAACAACUGUAGAAUUACAAUUGAGUCAUGCCUGGCUCCCAAUUGUUACCAGUUGGUUAAUGCCUCAGCCUAAGAUCAGUAUUCUUGGUCAUAUUUUAAAUUACUAAAUCUUAAAUCUUUGGUAACGGGUAAACAUUCUUACUUCUCUCAAUAUUUGUUGCUAUUUACACACGAGGUCAGGGGAUUGUCCACUUAACUAACAAUAGUUUUGAAACUUCAAUAAUUUAUUACUUGUUGAAAUAUUUCUAAUAGUUCAGUAUAAAAGAUACCAUUCAUUGUUCUUGUAAUUCAUUAAUGUGCUAAAUUAUGAUACUUAACCCUUUACACUCCACACUUUUUUUUGUGACUGAUUACAUAGAUUUUUUACUUCUAUGAUUUGUUAUUGUUACAAUAGUUAUGUUAUUAUUAUUUA